AUGAUUAUCGAGCUGGUCGUAGGAAUCGUCGUGGGCAUCGCUGUUGGUACCUACCAAGGGGAGAAAUUCAAGCCCUGCUUCGACCCUUGUAUAGAAGAGGUAAAACGGUCAAGGAUAAGAUCGUGGGGAAAUACCAACAGUAAGAGGAGUAUUCGAUCGUUUGCUGGAGUGAAUGCCAUACCAAACAAAUGUGAAAUAAUAACAUUUUCGUACCCUCCNNNNUUCUUCUUAUUGUCGCAAUGGGCCACUUCUACUGUUCACUAUUGGUAG